GUCUCGCCCACUACCGCCCUCCCCCCGUCUGCCUUGGGACUGGGCCCCUCGACGAGGCCCUCGGCACAGAACCCCUGGAAUUGGUCGUCACUAGCAUGAGAUGACAUAAACAGGCCCUCUACCGCUCAACAUGGAGACCCGAAGUGCUCCUCAAGCCUAUCUCUCGGCUUAUGCGCCACGACUACGCGUCUACAACAACUCUCUCCUCACUCCCGUCAUCCACUCUUCUUCCGCACCCGCCGGCCCCGUAUCGCGAACGACGAAGCGCGGCACUACCGUGAUCAAUUACGCCGAAGACGGCUACGACUACGACGACGACGACGAUGAGGACUCUCGUAGGCGGCCUACCGGCUUGCGCAGUCUGAGGCGCGAGGAUAGCACCUCUCGCGUCGAUCCCAGCGACAAGUUCGGGAAGGAGACCAACGCUCCGGUCGAAGUCCAGGGCAUCUGGCGGGAUUGGAUGCUAAAGAAUAAGGCCCGAUCCGAUCUCAACAACCAGGCUCAGGCCGCCAUGCCCGUAACCCUCAUCCCCAUCCGCAUCGACGUCGACAUCCCCGCCUUCCUGCCGAUGCCACCUUACCCACUUCCUCGGGGCGUCAACCAGCCGCCUCCGCACAUGGACCCGGCCCUGUACAAGCCCGGCGAGAUGACAGUUCCCUACAAGCUCAGAGACAUCUUCCUGUGGAACUUGCACGAGACCUUGAUCACUACCGAUCAAUUCGCAAUGUCCCUUGUCCAAGACCUCGAUCUCCACAACCAGUUAGCCGUCGCCGCCGAGAUCAGUAAGCAGAUCCGAACCCAGCUCGAGGAGUAUGCUGGCGUCGCUCUGCAUCCGCUCUUCCACUCCGAGGACGGUGGGGCACCGGCGAACGGCGCUAGCCUGGCUCCGCCGUCUGCUUCACGCGACACUCCCGUCACCCCGGCUACGCCACUCCCCUUCUCCCUGCGCGCCACCGAGACUCCGCUGCGCAACGGCCCCGACGUCGGCCUCGACACCCCCACGAAACCACCCCAGAAAGGCUCCCAGGUGCCGGAGAUAACGGCGACGGCAACGCCGAUCCCGGCCGACUCGGACGAGCUGAAUCCGGACGACACGUACCGGUGCGUCGUCUCCCUCAACGUGAACCUGUCUUCCCAGCUGUACACGGACAAGUUCGAGUGGUCGCUGCUUCACCCCCCCGGCACGGCCGAGGCGUUCGCCAAGAUCACGUGCGCGGACCUGGGGCUCGCCGGGGAAUGGGUCCCGGCUCUGACGCACGCCAUCUACGAGGCGGUGCUGCGGCUGAAGAAGGAGGCGUGCGAGGCGGGCGGCCUGGUGGCGGGGUGGGGCGGGGUGCGGAGCGAGUUCCCGAACGACGCGGCCCACGGGGCGGACGCGGGGUGGCGGUACGACCCGGAGCACCUGGCGGAGGAGUGGGAGCCGAAGGUGGAGGUGCUGUCGAAGGAGGAGAUGGAGAAGCGGGAAGUGGACCGGGAGAGGCAGAUCCGACGCCUCCGCAGGGAGACGGCGCGGUUCAGCAGCAACACGGGCAUGGUGGCGGGGAUGCCGGGCUUCGGCGGCUUCGGCGGCUUCGGCGGCGGCGGCGAGGUGGAGGAGGAGCGGAUGGGCCGCGGCGAGCGGUCCAAGAAGAAGCGGCGCUUCCGCAGCCUGAGCCCGCUCGGCCGGUCGGGGACGCCCGGCGGCCGCAUCACCCCGGACGUCGGGUACGGCGGCGGCGGGACGCUGACGGACCAGGAGCGGCUGAGCUGGCGGUGCACGCACUGCCGCGUCUGGGGCACGGCCGUCUGGGCGGUGCGGGACGGGCCGUGGGGUCCUAGGUCCCUCUGCGCCAACUGCGGCCGGCUAUACGAGCAGACUAAGAAGCUGCCGCGCUGGACUAAGAAUCUGCACGCGGCGGAGCCGCGUCCCUUCUAGCCCGACAGAUUUAAUCCCGACGACUACGCAACGGGACGCUCGGCGGCGAUAGCCGGCAGAUGUGCGGGUCAGCUACCCUCGGGAACGCCGAUUCUGACGGUGCCCU